CAACCGACAUGAGGUGAGCUUGCCUGGCAAACGAUGUUGCAAUCUGGGCUUGCAGAGUCAUUAGUUGUUCUAGGCGAGCAGAAGCCUCAAGACCUGCUAAAUUCCUAUAGAGCACUGAAGUCAGAUAUCUUUCAGGCAAACGAGCUCGCGGCGAUGGCGCGUCGACAAGUGACCCGGUACACUGUUCUUCGACCGAUCUCAGGCCACUUGAACUCUGUCUUCAUAUACCUUGCGCUCAGAUGUGACAUCCAGUUGCACGAUGCUAUCUCACGAUGCUAUCUGGUGACCGUGUUGACAUUAUAAUACUGGAUUAUACGCCUGCUCUCGACGGCCAAGAGGCUCCUCGCUCAAUUUUCUACGAGCGCCCUUGAAGCGUCAGUUCAACCUCUCUGAGCAUCAUGCAUCUCAAUCCUCGAGAGCAGGAAAAGCUGUUGGUCCAUCAGGCCGGUUUUCUCGCCCAGCAACGCCUCGCUCGCGGCCUGAAGCUCAAUCAGAGCGAGGCCGUCGCGCUCAUCGCAUCUCAGCUGCAAGAGCGCAUCCGAGAUGGGAACACCUCGGUGCCGAUGCUAUCGCAGUACGGGAAGACUUUGCUGGGGAGACGUCACGUACUGCCUAGCGUGGCGGCGCUGUUGCGUGUGGUACAGGUGGAGGGGACACUGGAAGACGGUGUCUUUUUGGUGACGGUCUAUGACCCCAUUUCGACGGAAUGGGGAGAUAUAGCGGCUGCUCUUUACGGAACCUUUCUUCCUAUCCCUCCCACCAAUGUGUUUCCCGUCAGUCUUCCCGCAGACUACCUCCCAGAGAACCUGCCGGGCGCGGUCAUCGCGAAAAAGGAGUGCAAGAUCGCGAUCAAUCAAGGUCGUCGCAGGAUUCAACUGCGUGUCGCCAAUGAUGGUGACAGGCCGAUUCAGGUUGGCUCUCACUACCAUUUCAUCGAGACGAACUCCAAGCUCAACUUCGACCGCGCCCAAGCCUACGGCAUGCGCCUCGACAUUGCUUCCGGCACUACCGUUCGUUUUGAGCCGGGGGACCCCAGGACAGUCACGCUUUGUGCCAUCGCUGGCCAUCGCAUCAUCACAGGCGGGAACAAGCUCGCGACAGGCGUAGUCGACCCCAGUCGUCUCGAUCGCAUCAUGAAAGGACUCUUGCUACGCAAGUUCAGCCAUACGCCCGAGCCAAACGCGCCGGAUAUAUGGGUCGACACGACAGUUAGUCGAGAGAAGUAUGUCGCUAUGUUUGGUCCCACGACGGGCGACAGGGUGAGGCUUGGGGAUACGUCGCUAUGGAUCGAAGUUGAGCACGACAUGACUAAGUACGGAGACGAAGUUAAGUUCGGUGGCGGAAAGUCAGUCCGCGAGGGGAUGGGUCAAGCCUCGAACCGAGCAGCGAAGGAUUCGCUGGACCUUGUCAUCACCAACGCCUUGAUCAUUGACUGGUCUGGGAUAUACAAGGCGGAUAUCGGCGUCAAAGACGGCCUCAUCCACGGCAUAGGCAAGGCGGGAAACCCAGACAUCAUGGACGGCGUCGAUCCUACCCUCAUUAUCGGCUCCUCCACCGAAGUCAUCGCCGGCGAGAAGCUCAUCGUCACCGCCGGCGCCAUCGACACGCAUGUGCACUACAUCUGCCCUCAGCAAGUCGAAGAGGCGCUCGCGGCGGGCACGACGACGAUGCUCGGCGGCGGCACAGGGCCGGCCGCGGGCUCAAUUGCCACGACGUGUACCUCGAGCCCGUUUUACAUGCGCCAGAUGUUCGCUGCGACGGAUGGGCUGCCGAUGAACUUCGCGUUCACGGGCAAGGGGAGCGAUGCUGGGCCGCAGGCGCUCGAAGAUAUCGUUCGCGCGGGCGCGGCGGGGCUGAAGGUGCACGAGGACUGGGGUGCGACGCCAGCGGUGAUCGGGAAUGCGCUGAAUGUGGCGGAUAAGUAUGAUGUGCAGGUGAAUGUUCACACGGAUACGCUCAACGAGAGCGGGUUCGUGGACAACACUAUCGAUGCCUUCGGUGGGCGCACGAUACAUGCGUACCAUAGCGAGGGCGCGGGCGGAGGGCAUGCGCCAGACAUCAUACGUGUUUGCCAAUACUCAAACGUACUUCCCUCUUCGACCAAUCCGACAAGGCCGUACACGCGGAACGCUCUCGACGAGGCCUUCGACAUGAUCAUGGUCGCGCACAACCUCGAUCGAGAUGUCCACGAGGACAUCGCGCUCGCCGAAUCUAGGAUCCGUGGAGAGACAAUGGCCGCAGAAGACGUGCUGCACGACCAAGGCGCCAUAUCUAUCAUUACGUCCGACUCACAGGCCAUGGGUCGCGUGGGCGAGGUGAUCAGCCGGACGUGGCGAACGGCCAGCAAGAUGAAGGACCUCCGGGGGCCUCUCACGUCCCUGGGGGAUGACAGGACGAAGGAUAAUGGACGAGUCAAGCGCUUCGUGAGCAAGUAUACGAUCAAUCCUGCAAUCACACAUGGAAUCAGCCAUAUCGUCGGAAGCGUCGCGGUCGGGCUACUGGCGGACCUCGUCCUAUGGUCUCCCGAAAGAUUCGGCUCCAAGCCAGAGAUGGUCCUGAAGUCCGGCGUCAUCGCGUAUGCGCAGGUCGGCGAGGCAAACGCCUGCAUCCCAACAGUGCAGCCGUAUUACUCUAGGCCAAUGUGGGGCGCCAAACCCGGAUCUGCCGCGCUGAACUCGUUGUUCUUUGUCUCCGACAUUUCCAUUUCCUCCGGCGCGAUGGAGUCGUAUGGGCUCUCUAAAGGCUACAAGGCGGUGAAGGAUUGCAGGAAAAUCAGUAAACAUGACAUGAAGUACAACGAUGCGACGUCGCACAUUGAAGUCGACCCGGAGACGUAUGACGUGCAUGCUGAUGGUGUGUUGAUGGAUGUUCAGCCUGCAGCGACUGUGCCUCUGUCGAGGGUAUACAAUUUCUUCUGAACAGAUGGAAAACGCAAGGAAUGUAAUUGUAUCUUCCUGCCGUGACACAUGCAAUCAAUCCCUAUGCCCUACGUAUAUCCUGUGAUACUCCAUUCUGUACUUUGCCCCGCCAUACUGUACAAAAUCGGCCACACCGAUGAUUUUCUCGGAA